UAUUUGAGUUGAAGUUGCGAGCUCGGAUAUACCACCGAACAAAAAAGAAAAAAAAGAAAGAAGGAAAGAAGGGAGGAAAUAAGAUGGUACGCGCCGCAACUAUUGCGGCUACGUCGCAUGCCCCCCGUCCAGGCAGGUCCCAAGUUAGAUCAGGUUCCAUGGGAAGUUUUCGUGCCGGUUCACCUCUUCCCUCCAUUCCAGCCAAUAGGGCGUUGUCAUCCACGUUCCGCCGUCUGUCUUCUCAGCAUCAUUACCAAACCUUUCCAACGCCGCCACCGAGGACUGCCGGCCGGAGACGAGACACUGGCUCAAGCUCAUCCGGUUCCCAGGCUCAUGAUCACCAUGGCGUCAAGACACCCUUACCCGUCAAGCAAUUGGCUCUUUUAGCUCUCUUAUCAUUAUCCGAGCAGACAGCACUUAACUCCAUAUCACCUUAUCUGCCUGAGAUGAUCGAGUCUUUUCCUGGAAUCCGUCAUGACCAGGUUGGCUUAUACGUCGGUUUGCUAGCCUCUUCAUUUGCGCUGGCUCAGUUAGCAACCAAUCUCUUGUGGGGAUACCUAUCGGACAUCAUUGGUCGAAAACCCGUUAUGCUUCUCGGUACUUUGCUCUUAUGCUUCUGUUUUGCGGCUUUUGGAUUCUGUACCAGAUAUCUCCAUAUUCUUCUCGUACAUAUAGCUAUGGGGCUGUUCAAUGGCAACGCAGCAGUUGUGCCCACCUGCUUGGGAGAGUUGACAGACCGGAGCAACCAGAGCAAGGCGUUCACUUGGCUGCCUGUUGUUUACAGCCUGGGGAGUAUUACUGGACCGGCGCUGGGUGGAUUGCUUGUGGGCAAGAUUGCAAGAGACAGUUACCCAUUCUUAGCCCCCAAUAUACUCGGAGCUUCGCUUCUCGCGCUUAGCGUAGUUGUCCUGGGUAUCUGGUUUGACGAAACUCUGGAAGAGCAGGGGGAUAUUCCAAAUUGGGUAGAACGACUCCCGUGGCUGUCUAGUUCUGCCAAACAGACGCAUAAUGCGUCCAAGCGGCCGUGGACCUCUUCCGAAGACAGAGUUUCCGACGCCGAGCAGAGAGAGGACGCCGAGGAGAAUGCGGGCGAAGAGACUAAUCUGCUGGAAGCGCAUGGGGAUGAGGAUAGCAACGACGAUUCGAAAUCAUCGCACGAUACAACAACUUGGCGCCAGCUCUUAAAUCGAACAACUAUCGUUCUUCUCGCUACGCACUUAGUCUUUCAAUUAUCGAAUAGCUCUUUUAAUAGUUUAUAUCCAAUAUUCGCUUCCGGAAAGGAACCCACUGGCAGAGACUUACACGCGGAUGUCAUCGGCGUGUCUCUCUCCGUCGCUGGAAUAUUCACAAUCCUGUUCCAACUAUUCCUUUUUAGGCCAUUAAAGUCGCGCCUAGGAAAUGUUAGGUCUUAUCGAGGCUCUCUACUCGGCUUUGCAAUCACCAUGGCGUUGAUGCCAUUCGUCGGUUAUGUGGAUUCAAGCCCGCCUUUUGGAAUAGGCGAUAGCAAGAUAUGGCUAUACCUAGAAAUUGGCGUGGUGCUAAUUAUUAAGAAUAUCUGCGCCGUCGGUGGCCUAUCAAGCGUUAUGUUACUAAUAACUAAUUCGGCGCCAACUCACGCGAGCUUGGGUAGGCUCAACGGCAUUGCGCAGACUCUCUCGGCCGCCGGCAGGAGUGUAGGCCCCUUCCUUUCUGGCGGGCUCUUCACCUUGUCGACUCAUGUUCAGCCAAAGGGUGAGGCUCUCGCCUGGGGCGUAUUCGCGGGAAUAGCUCUUGCUGGGUGGUUGGGGAGUUUUGCCAUCCACGGCGAAGGUCUCGAAAGUACAGAUGAUGGUUACGAAGAAGAGACCGAGACUGAGGAGCACGAAGACGAAGAUAGCAACAAUGUAUGAUGCUAUGCUGCUUUCGCGGAUAUGAGUUUCGGCGACCGAUGGUGUCUGCUUAUUCAGUUUUUUCUAGAGCCUUCGAACUUGGGAAGCUGCUGUCAAUGCGUAAGAGCUAUUUUGACAGCAUCCAUCCUAUCCUCACACUUUUCUUGCUCAGUCUCCGUAAAGAUGAAAGGAAGCUACACCGCUACACAGCAGUAUCAAUGACAGCGGCAGAUUUGAUUAAUCUUAAAUACCGAUACAAUUAAUUCGCGGGCCGAGAGUUCUCAGGUUUACAUGGAUGCUCA